AUGCCCCCCAGGACGUUGGUGAAGAAGACCGCCGCCAAGAAACCCGCUCCCGCGGCGGCGGUGAGGGACGACCUCGUCGCACCGCCCGUUUUUGCUCGCAUCCUUCCCAAGAAUGUUGGCGGGCACCGUGACGACGGCAAGGCGGUGGCCAAGCGGCUCAAGUCAUGGUCGGAGGAAAAAGACGAUGCGAGGGUGACGCUCUCGGAUGGACACGGCGAGACUCACUACACGUUCCCGACGCGUGUUUUUGGACCGGAUGCAUCUCAAGAGGAGUUGUUCAACGAGGUGGCCGGGCCCCUUUUGGAACGUUUCCUUCACCCUUCCGAUCCUCAGUCUGCGUUCCUGUUUGCGUACGGUCAGACGGGCACGGGCAAGACUCACACCAUCAUGGGACCGGAGGAGAGCUGGGACGAGGUCCGGCACAGCAAGUGGGGCCUGUUCCCCCGGAUAGUGGACGCGGUACUGACCACGAUGCGAGGACGGGAUGCGUCGCACGCGUUCAGUUGCACGCUCAGCGCGGUUGAGUUUUACUUCUGCCAAGGGUUCGACCUGCUCGACGACCACGCGCAGGUGGACGUGCGGGACGGGGAUUUAUUAGGGAGGAAGCAGGUGGAGGUGAAGUCGCUGGCGGAUGUCCUGAAAGUGUUGGCCGCGGUGAGGGAACACAGGACCACGGCUUCGACCAAGAUGAACCCGGCACUGAAAGCCGCGGGGGGUAAGGAGAAGGAUAACAAGACGCACGGUGGAUCGUCGAGGUCGCACUGCGUCUUACACUGCGUCCUACGAAUCGUGGACAGAUCCACGCGGGACGUCAAGUGCGUGAGUUUCGGCACGAUGGACCUCGCCGGCGCGGAGCGGCCCAAGUCCAACGACAACGGUUUCGCCAGCGUGAUGGACGCGGUGUUGACGUACUGGAGGGAUCCAUCGCAGGUCAAACCGUGCGCGCAGGCGGCGAUCAUCAACAUGGAGCUCGCCGCGCUGAGGUCCUCGGUGGUGCAGGCGGCGGAGGCGCAUCGCAGGGGCCGGCGCGUGGGAGCGCCGACGCAGCUGGGCACGGCGGCGGUGAACUACAUGACGGACGUUUUCGACGGAAGGUGCCACGUGGCCAACAUCGUGACGCUGUCGCAGGCGCCAAAGUGCGGGUGGGAGACGUGGUUCGCGUGCACCUACGCGGAAGACGUCGCGAAGCUUCGCAUGCCCGACGACUUGCCAUCGGCGAAGGGUAAGAACAUCGGAAAAUGGCACAUGCAGUGCGCGGCGAUGAACGAGUCCGCCAAGGCUGCUUUGGAGCGCACACCGCCGAAAGGUCACCCCAGCUCCAAGUUUUACAUGAGGCGGAAGGUGGAAGCGAGACAUUGGGCGCAAGAGGCGAAGAUUGUCGCGGCGUUGGCGGCCAAGGUUGCCCCCGGCGCCGAAGCUUGA